AUGAAAAAGUUGGGUAAUAAUUUAAACACUAUAAAUGAUAAUAAUCAGAAUGAGGAAUCACAACAUAAUUAUUUAGGUUCAAAUAUAGAUAAUUAUAAAUAUUGGCAAUAUAAUACUAUAUUAUUAUACAAUGUUAUUAUGAUAUAUACUUGUGAAUGGCCUUCUUUAUUUAUUGAGUGGUUACCCAAAGUGUACAAAAAUGAUGAAGAAUACGCUUACCAAGAUUUAAUAUUGGGAACAUAUACGACGGAGAAGAAUAACUACAUAUUAAUAUUGGAGGUAACACUUCCUAGUGAAGAGUUUUCUUAUUCCAGCUUUUAUUACGAGAAGAUUAACGAUUAUAGGCACAAUUUUUGUAACGACACAAGCAAAAAUUUCAGGAUAAAGAAUAAGAUAUACCAUGAAAGUGAAAUAAAUAAAAUAAGUUGUUACCCAGAAAAUGCAGAUAUUGUAGCGUGUUUUUGUUCAGAUGGAAAUAUAAAUAUAUUUAAUAUAAAUGAUUAUUAUAAUAAAGAUGAUGAAGAUGAAAUAAAGAAUGAUAAUAUAUUAACAUUUGAUAAAACCUUAAAAGGUCAUUUAUAUCAAGGAUGGGGAUUAGAAUGGGAUGAUAAAAAUAAUUACAUUUCUUCAUGUGGUGAUGAUUCCUAUUUAUGUAUAUGGGAUAUGAAUACAAGUGACAAAAUAAUGCAUCCAAUAGUAAAAUAUUUUAAUCAUAAUAUUCCUUUACAAGAUUGUUGUUGGAAUGAUAAUAAUGUUUUAAGUGUAUCAGAAAAUGGCCAUAUAAAUAUUUAUGAUAUACGUAAUAAAACUGUAGUCAAUUCUAUUUGUGCUACGAAUUGUACUUUAAAUUCUAUUGAUGUAAAUCCUCAUAAUAAAAAUAUUUUUGCAACAGCUGGAACAAAUAAAGAAAUCGAUUUAUGGGAUAUGCGUUUUACAAAUAAAUCAUUACAUAGAAUAAUAUCACAAAAAGAAACUAUUAUUAAAUUAAAAUGGGAUAAAUUCCAACCAGGGAUUUUAUCAUCUUCAACUAGUGAUAAAUUUAUUUAUUUUUUUGAUACCAAUAAAAUUGGUAUUGAACAAACUUAUGAAGACUCACAGGAUGGACCGCCCGAACUUAUUUUCAUACAUGGUGGUCAUUCAUCAAAUAUACUGGACUAUUCUUUGAAUAAUUCAUAUUCGAUGAUGAUUUCCUCUAUAAGUGAGGAUAACACACUUCACAUUUGGCAACCUUCCAAGCAAGCGUAUGAAGACGCAUCAGAUACAUACGACGAUACAGAAGUGGAAUGA